CGCUGUCGGUGUUCCCGUCAUCGCUAUUUGUGUUCCUGUGCAUGAUCGGGGGCUGGUGACUUGCUUUCUGCGUCGACGAGGACUGCUGCAACGUUGAAGAGAACCACUGCAGCGUAGAGGAAGACCACCACUUCGUCGAGCAAGCCCGCCACGAUGGCGACGCCCGAAGUCCAGUGCUCGAAAGCCGUGCUAGCGGGGCCAAUCCCGCCUACAAAGCCGGAGGAAGAAACAGCGUCGGUGCAUGAGGGGGCUGGGGAGCGCGGGGACGAUGACGACUAUCCGGAUGGGGGGCGGAAGGCGUGGCUGGUGGUGCUGGGGACGUUCAUGUACGCGUGCGCGGUGAUGGGAUGGGCCAUGUCGUUUGGCGUUUUCCAGGAUUACUACCAUCGGCACGUCUUCCCCGACGUCGAUGUUAGUUUGCUGACCCUUGUCGGCGGCGCUUUGAACUUUGCGCAAACAUCGAUGUCCUACCUAUCGGGAGGCCUGGGUGAACGAUUCGGCUACAAGCGCAUGAUCGGCAUAAGCUCCAUCCUGAGCUUCCUCUGCAUGUUCGCGACCUCGUGGUGCACGAGCUUCGCCCUCGUCUUCCUCUUCCAGGGCUUCUUCCAGGGUAUUGUCAACGGGCUGCAGCUGCCGCUCAUCAUGUCCCUCCCCUCGCAGUGGUUCCUCCGUCGCCGAGGGCUCGCCACCGGCCUCGCCGUCUCGGGCGCGGGGAUCGGCGGCGCGGUCGUGAGCGUGGUGAUGCGGAAGCUGCUGACCUCCGUGGGAAACCACCACGCCCUCCUCAUCUACAGCUUCGUGAACGGGGUCACGUACCUCGUCGCCUGGCUCGUCAUCGACGCGCGUCGGCCCGCUGCGAAGCGCCGCUGGCUGCCGCGGAAGAUUAACGGGAGCUUCUAUUGCAUGACGUUCUCGAUGUUCUUCUCGAAUUGGGGGUAUUUGACGCCGUACUUCUUCAUCACGACGUUCACGAAGGCGACGGUGCCCUCGUUGGAUGAGAACUCGCUCCUGCCGGCCGUCCCGCUGAUAGUCAUGAGCGCCUGUAUUGCGUAUCUCUGCUGCUACGCACCUGUGAUCUCUUCACUGACGCGCCGAGCAGAUGGAAUUGGCCGCAUCGUCUCCGGCUUCGUCGCCGAUGGCCUGGGGCCCAUGAACAGCCUCUUCAUGUCCUUCUUCCUCGGCGGCCUCUCCCAGAUCCUCCUCUGGACAUUUGCCAAGACGUACGCCGUCACCAUCGCCUUCGCCGUCGUCUACGGCCUGCUCGGCGGCUGGUACGUGAGCCUCACGCCCGUCGUGUGCGCGCAGCUGUUCGGGAUCGAUGGCCUGGGGACGAUCACGGGGUGGAUGGUGCUGAUGACCGCACCGGGCCAAUUCGCCGGAGGCUCCGUUGGCGGGGCGAUUCUCUCGGCCGCUGGGAACGACUGGCGCUCGCUAUCGUUGUAUGCGGGCGCGAUGAUGAUCUUGGGCUCGCUGUUCGUGCUGUAUGCACGCAUCAAAAUGGAUAAGCGCUUGAUCAGCGCGGUAUAGAGGGCUUGAUCAGCGCGGUAUAGAGGGCUGUCGAGUGCAACGAGGAUAGAUAGUCUGUAGAUCUAGAACGAAAUAUGUAGCACUAUUACGAGAAUUCUGAGAAGUUGGGUUAGCAUACC